AUGGCUGCAGCAUACGACCACAGCAACCGUGCCUUUCUUCAAGCGUUCAUGGCACGCUCGUCCAUGACCUUUGCAGAAGCCCAACCAGUCUUGGCCGCGAUAUUGACAGUCUCUGAAGGCCAAACAGUCGACCCCGAAGAUGUCACCGAAGAGCAAUUCUCCUCUUACAUUUCAGCAGCCAAUACCGCAAUUUCACCAUUCGACCUCGAAAUCAGAAGCUCAUUGCCACAAAUUCCUCAAUCCACAAACCCAGAUGACGCCCCUUCAUUACCAGAUCGAGUAUACGCCCUCGUCAACACAACAAGUGAUCCUCUGACCCAGCUCGCAACAACCUACUCCGCAGACGAAAUCGCGUUCUUGAAACGUCUCCUUGACUACAUGUUCAUCACGAAUAACACAACACGAUGCGAAGGAAUGGCCGUUACCCAGAUGCAAGCAGUUCAAUUACAUCGAGUUGGCGACGCCAAUCGACAACAGUCCCAAGCUGCCGAUACACAACAAACACUGGCUGGAGCAACGCAGUCGCUGCGCAUGACGCAGGCAGAGACUAUGGUUAAAAAUUUGAUUGAGGAGGGUUGGCUACAGAAGAGCUUGAAGGGAUAUCUUAGCCUGACACCACGGGCUUUGAUGGAGUUGCGGGGAUGGUUGGUGUCGGAGUAUAACGAUGAGACUCGUAGUGAUCACCGAGCACAUCGGAUUAAGUUCUGUGCCGCUUGUAAGGAUAUAAUUACUGUGGGCCAACGCUGUGGUGACCUUGAGUGUGGGGGACGACUUCAUGACCAUUGCAUGCGUAAUUUCUUCCGUGUGCAGCAAGGGGAAAAUUGCCCCGUUUGUAAAGAGGAGUGGCCGGGUGAUCAUUAUGUUGGCGAGAGAGCCUUUGCUGCCAGAGCACAGCCGAGAAGUAUCGCCCACCCGGACUCUCAGGUUCCUUCGUCUGGUAUGCCGAAUGGUGAUGAUGAAGGAUCGGAUGAGGAAAAUACCGAUGAGGAGGGAUGA